AUGGACGAGGUCCUUGUCGCAAGUCACACCAUCGCCGCGCAGCCACUUGUAGUCACGUCAGAUCUUGGGGCAUCUGGUUCCCUUUUACUUCUGGUUAAGAAGACCAGGGAAACCCUCUCGCACCCUCAGACGCCUCUCAUAGCGGUUCUCCAGUUGCUUUUACUUGUUUACUCUUUUUUUGUUUGCUCGACGCACCUAGGACGCCGCUGGCACAUCAUUUUUGGAGCCCACCGCGAGGGUGUUUCAAACAUUGAGCCUUCAACCAGCCGUUCGCUUCGACAGCUUCCGUCUAGAACCCUUCGUCAAGAACUAGUUGCUGCCUUCCAAAACCCAGAAAACCUUUCAGACGAAUCACUAUUCAUUGAAGUACCCGAAAAUCAAGCCACUCAUUCGUAUCUACCAUCUCCAACAUCACCUCUAUUCUCUCCAUCUGAACUCCCUUCCCCUAUAUCCGGAUCCUUUGAAUUUCCAACCACAACACACUCGCAUAUCAGUCCUUUCAUUCUAACACCUUCUCCAACCUCAAACACCCUUCAACUCCCAUUGCAACAGUUUAUGCCCCAGCCUGAAGCUGCUACCAUGUCUCCACACAUGCCAGCUCGAGGUGAUCGCAGUGCACCAUCAUUUGAUCCCACAAAGCCCAGGGAGCUUUGCCGUUAUUUUUCCGACCUAGAAUUCUUGUUUUCAAUCUCAAAUGUCACCGAUGAUACGGAACAGAAGAAGCAUGCGGUUAGAUACGUCAGUCUUGACGUUGCAGACAUCUGGGAAACGCUUCCAGAGUUCACCAACCCUCUCAAGAAUUACCAGAGCUUCAAAGCGGCUGUUAUGGACCUUUACCCCGAUGCUAAUGACGCAUACAGGUACACCAUGUCAGACAUGGAUUUAUUAAUUGGAAACCGUCAACGUUUAGGCAUCCACACCCUCUCUGAUCUCGCAGAAUAUCAUUCCCAGUAUAUGGCGGUCACAAACUUCCUAUGCUCGAAAUCCAAGCUGUCUACACUGGAACAGAAGCGUGGUUAUGUUCGUGCAUUCCAACCGGCGCUUUGGGCAAAGAUUUCGCAACGAUUGCAACUCAAGAAGCCUGACCAUUACCCAGACGAGCCCUACGACAUAAUCGACGUCCAGACAGCUGCAAAAUUUGUUUUACAUGGCACCCACACAGCAAGCGCUUUGGCAAUCCCUUCUUCUACUCCUACAGCUUCUAUCCCCGACGUCUCAAUUAAACCAGAGCAACUCGGUUCUAUAUUCACAGAAUUUACCAAAUCGAUUAUAGAGGCGCUUAAUAGUACUCAGAAUCGCUCAAGAUCAACAGAACCAACCACUCAAUCUGGAAUCCGAGAAGUCAAAUGCAAUUUCUGUGGAAAGGAUCAUUAUAUUCGUAACUGCGACCUCGUUGAAGAGUAUAGGCGCGCUGGAAAGUUAAAGCGCAACACAGAAGGCAAAAUUGUACUCCCCUCAGGUGCAUUCAUCCCCAGAGACAUCCCUGGCACCUUAAUGAAGGAAAGAAUCAAUGAAUGGCAUCGUCGCAACCCAAAUCAACUUGCUACAGCUACUCUAUCCGCCAGUACAUUAUUUGGUGCGGUUUCGUCAGUUCAAACGCCUUUGGAAUCGUUAAGCGCCCGUCAGACAAUCCAGUUGACAUACCACCUUACUGCUGACGAUAGGAUCACUUUGCUAGAGGCUGAACUCUUCAAUCUGCGUGCCAAACGACCUGGGUUCACUCCAAUUAUUCGUACUCGAGCACAGAAAGAAAGGGCACCCGUUGCUGAAGAAGACAGAGAGAUUUCGCCACCUAGAGACUCUGAAGCACCCAAACCGUCUACUUCUACUCCAGAUACCUCGUCUCAGCCUCCCAUGGUUCAAAAUAACGAUAUAACUGCGCCCAGAGCGACUACAGACGAUCCUCAAACGGAACAUCCGUUCAGAAACGCAUUAGACGCCGUGUAUAUGCCUCCUCAGUCCAGAAAUGUUGCAGCACUUCCAAAGCCCGCACCCAAGAAGAACGAACCGGCCUAUCGAACAUUCCCCCCCAUCUACGACUCUGACGUUGCCAAUACAGUGUAUAAUCGGUCUCUUGAAGCUCCAGUCACCAUUACUCAAAGGGAACUUCUGUCUAUCGCUCCAGAGAUCCGUUCACAAUACAGGGAUUCCACAACGUCUAAACGCAGUGCAAACACGGAUAAAAUAGCUCAGACAAACCUGUUGGAAAACAGGGCGGACCCUACAAGCAAUACAGUUGUUUUCAAUGCCUCCACAGUGCAUCCUUUGCCCUCCAGCCAGCACCGAAGUCCCCCAGAAGGUUCUACAGUUAUUGACGACCCCUUUGACAUUUAUUAUCGCUCCCUUCGCCCUGGACAACACCCCGACCCCAACAAAAUUAUUGUGGCUAAGGAAUCUUCAGCACUUCGUUCAAUCUAUCCUAUUGUUGACAACUCUCUCAAAGUGGAAUGUAUUCUUGAUCCUGGCUGCCAGAUAAUAGCUAUGUCUGAAGAUGUUUGCCAUAGCCUCUCCCUCAUCUAUGACCCGACUAUCAAACUCAACAUGCAGUCUGCAAAUGGCACAGUGGACCAGUCUCUAGGCCUCGCUUGA